AUGAUCUUUGGUGAUCCAGAUGUUGUAGAUAUUGUGUUCACAUGUGGAGCGGAUGUUUUGGCUGUGGGGAUAUAUGUAACUCAUCAUGUUGUUUUGACAGAUUCUGACCGAGAAACAUUGGCUAGUUCAAAUGGAACAUUUGCUCAGUACUUGUUGAAGAUAUUAGAGGUGUACUUCAAUUAUCAUCAUGAUGGAUACAGCACAAAAGGUGUGUACCUUCAUGAUCCAACAGCCAUGUUUGCAGCCAUUAAUCCUUCGCUUAUUACCUACGUGGAGGGUGCUCUGCUAGAUGAAGUGAUACCAUGUAAAGGAAAUCAAAUUGUAUAUGAAAGCUUUUUCUAUGCAGUGAUGUUGUUUACUGAAAUUACGGAGUGGUCUAAUCAACCAUCGGUGAAGGUGGCAUUCACAGUUGAUGUACCUGCUGUUCUCAAAUUGGUUAUGGAGAGGUUGAUGAAAUGA